AUAGAAACGAGUGUCCACACGCGUUAACUUUAACAAUUGUAGUCAUAUUUAAGUUGCUUUAUUUUUUAUUUUAUUUCAGACGGUAGUGUCCAUACGUAGAGCAUACGUAAAGUUAAAUAAUACGUUACUUAAUUUAAAUGUAUUAAUAUUUGUGUCUAUAACACAAAAGGGACAGUAUUUAUGAAAGAUGUUACAGCGACUUUUUUUUUCUACUUUAUAUAAUGUCCGUUUUCAAAGAGAAGGAAAUGUGAUACCUUUUAUUGGACUAACUAAACAAUAAAUAAUUAUAAACUUUCAAGACCUCAAGGUCUCGACAGUUUCACUUAUCUGAACAUCCCUUUCUCUACAGCCGAAUUAUAAUAACAGGAUAUCCAUCACUGAAAACAAAUGGAUGAGGAUAGACUUUUAAUGGUAUCACUAAAAGAAGAGGAAAGUUAUGAGGAUCAAGACGUCAGUCUGGACCGUGGCGACAAUACUGAAAAAGCUAUAGAGCACUAUACAUCUGAAAAAAUUAAGAGGUCACUCGAAGACAUUGAACACAAUGCUGCAGCCACUUUGGAUUUGAGUAGAAAGAGCCUUCAGCAUGUAGAUGACCUAUUUAAUAUUUCAAGAAUCGAAAAUUUAUACCUCGAAGGAAAUGAGAUAUCCAGUCUACCAGAUCAUUUCUUUUCUGAACUGUCCAAUCUGGUCUGGCUGGAUCUGCGAAAUAACCAAAUCAAUUGCCUGCCUCCAGGAAUUGGUCAACACCGCUGCCUGAAAACCUUACUUUUGGAAGGGAAUCCAAUUAAGGAACUACCUAUUGAACUGGGUAAUUUGAUUACACUAAGCGCUUUGAGCUUGAGACAGUGUCCUAUUGAGUUCCCUCCUGAAAACAUUGUACAUCAAGGACUGCAAGCUAUUCUUAAAUUUCUAAGAAGCGCCAUGACAGGAAAACCUAUUUAUACAAGAAACUCCUUUCAAGAGAUGCCACCAAUUGAAAAACUGAGGCUGACAGACUUGGUGAAAUCCAGUUUAGAAUUGUCAGAGGAGUGGCCUAAUGAUGAAGAAAUGAAAAGGUUUGAAAAACUGAGGAAGGAGAUGAUGCAAGCUGAUGAGGCUGAUAUGGGGGAUACGGACCAAGCCUUUCAGCUUGUACCAUCUAUAGACCGAGCAGUUUUGAAAUGCAAAGGCCCCAGAAAGACCAUUAUUGCCAGUUUACCAAAAAGGAAACAGGUUCCACUGAAGUAUACUUUUCCAGAACUUCCACAUUAUGAUAAUCAAAGUCGUACAACAGCACAGGAACGUAGAUUAUUAGCAUUGAAGGAUCUAAAGGAAAAGCAAGCAUUAAUUGAGCAACGAAGAAAUUUCAGAAUGCAAGGCUGUAUUGUGACAAAAAACACUGUGAACUGUUUGCAGAGCCAGAAACAGAGAGAUCUAUAUGUUGUUGCCACACAAAAAAGCAAUAAGGAGGGAGAUCAAGAGCUGCUGAAGGAAUGGAGAGAACAUUCAAAAUGCAUGCAAGAGAAAGGAGAAAUGGAGUCCAGGCAAGGUGGUAUGGCCCUUGUAAAAAGUGAUGAGGUUCUAAAAAAUGCUCCGUAUGCAGUGGAUCCAGACUUUUAUCGUAUGUUAGACAGUCGAGAAUGCAUCAAACCAGGUUCACGUGAAGAGCAGAAACUCCUUACUAGGAAAUCUUUAAAGGACAUUGAAGAAGCAAGAGCUGCCCGCGAUAGAGAAUUAGAGCAUCGGAUUAGAACACACAUCCAAAUGAUGCAAGAAAGAAGAAGGAAAUCAAAAGGAACAGUCCAAGAGGAAAUAGAUGCAACAAGAACAGAAAUGGAAACUGCUCAAAAGCUGCAGUCUGAAGUUGUUCAAAGAAAACUGGAAAGAGACGUUCCACUGGAGUAUCGCUUUACUGCUUUUACUGGCGAGCAAUCUUCGUGAAAUUUAACAGCUGACAUCCUUGUGUUUUCUCAUGCAAAAUUCUCAUAAACUGCCUUUUUAUUGUUUGUGUAAAAGAAUGUCUGUUUCUUGUUAUAAUUAAAGAUACCAGACCAUUUUUUUUCUCAGUUACCUAUGAUGAAAUCAAUAAAUUGGGUCUUGAUUUAAUUAACAUUCUACUUUGUUUAAAAGGAUCCUCACAUUCUUUAGAACACUCACAGCAUUGAAUUAGUUUCAUUUUUGUGUUACCAGAUUCUAU